AAAUGAAGUAUAUGGAAAAGUUGUGUCCAGUGAAUGCAGUAUUGAAAAGACAAGACAAAUCUUUUAUGGAAUGUGGAGAAAAAGACGAAAGAAAACAAAAGACAAAUAUGACACUGAGGCGCCGUUGUAAAGGCUAAGCUUUAACUUUGAAGAAGAACCUGUCUCCAAGUCCAAUCUCGUUCUCAAAUUCCCGAUUUUGUAAACAAAGCUUUUGAAACAAGCUGGGUCAAGCAUGAAAAGACCCAUUUUAGCGUUUCAUUACGUUUUCGGAAAUCUCAUACAACGGAAAAUGUGAAAUUGGUUCAGAAAAUCGAGAAAGAACACCAAAAGCCAAUGCAAUUAUAUCAAGAUGAAUACCAACAGCGAAAGUGCCUCUUCUGUCAACUUUACCCUUGACCCUUUUGAUGAAUUAGACGAGGAUGAUGAUAUCUUGGCACAAGCGUAUGAUGAAAGUAUACGGUUAGAUACAAAUGGUAUGAAUCCUGGCCCAUCAUAUGUGAAACCAGCAAAUCACCAGUCAUUUGGAAACCGACCAGUUGAAUCCACUUCAGGGUUUGACUAUGAGUCUGGAAAGACUUGGAUUUAUCCUAUGAAUUAUCCUCUACGUCAAUAUCAGUAUGCAAUCGUUGAACAAGCCCUAUAUAAGAAUACCCUUGUCUCAUUGCCAACAGGUCUUGGCAAAACGUUUAUUGCUGCUGUUGUUAUGUAUAAUUUCUAUCGCUGGUAUCCACGCUGCAAAGUAGUUUUCAUGGCACCAACCAAACCUUUAGUAGCUCAACAGGUAGAAGCAUGUUUUAACGUUGUUGGAAUACCUCAAGAAGAUAUAUCUCAAAUGACAGGAUCAAUGGCCCCAGAUGCACGAAUACAAGAAUGGAAAGAAAAGCGUCUCUUUUUUCUCACACCUCAAGUUCUUACGAAUGACUUUGCUCGUGGGGCCUGUCCAGCUGAGCUGAUUAAGUGCCUUGUCUUGGACGAAGCUCACCGUGCUCUUGGUAACCAUGCAUAUUGCCAGGUCAUGAGAGAACUUAGGGAGCGCCGUUGUGAAUUUCGUGUUUUAGCCUUGAGUGCGACUCCAGGAUCUGAUAUAGCUGCUGUCAAGCAGGUGCUGACUAACCUCCUCAUAUCACACAUUGAACUCCGAAGUGAGGAUAGCCCUGAUAUUACACCAUAUUCGCAUCAUCGAAAUAUUGAAAAGAUCGUGGUUCCUUUGGGUGAGGAGCUCACAAAUACCAAGAAUAGGUUUCUUAAUAUACUUCGUGUGUAUGUUGACAGACUUCUGGAAUUAAGAGUGUUGUUUACCAAAGAUGCAACAACACUCAGUAAAUUUCAGCUUCUUCAAGCUCGUGAUGCAUUUCGUCAGAACCCACCAGAAAAUUUGCCCCGUCAUAGAUUUGGAGCAGUGGAGGGGUUGUUUGCCCUCUGUGUGACUCUCUAUCACGCCUUUGACCUGAUGCUUUUGCACGGAGCAAGGUCUUCAUAUAAGUUUUUGAAAGGUACAUUAGGAGGUGACAAAGGCAAAAGUUUUGCAAGAGCAGAACUUCUUCGUAAUGACGUGUUCAGACGAUUAAUGGAUGACUUGUCCAAGAAGUUUGAAGUUGACACAAACCAGUCAAAGGAAGCAUCCAUGAACUCUUCAAGUGUCUUUCCCCAGACUUCUAGUACCAGCCCCAUGAAAAACACUAAGGAGUCUUACAUGAUGAGUCACCCCAAGAUGUCUCAUUUGUGUGAUCUAGUUGUGGACCAUCAUCAGAAGUUUGCUAGUGAGGGGAAAUCAACACGCAUCAUGAUUUUUUCACAGUAUCGAGACAGUGUGCUGGAGAUUACAGAAAUGCUGCAUCAUCAUGAGCCACUAGUGAAAGCCAUGAGCUUUGUUGGUCAGGGUACUGUUGCGCGUGGCUCUCGUGGUAUAUCUCAGAAGGAGCAGUUACGGGUAGUGAAGCAGUUCAAAGAAGGUGGUUUCAACACACUUGUGUCUACAUGUGUUGGAGAAGAAGGGCUGGACAUUGGAGAUGUUGACUUGAUCAUAUGUUAUGAUGCUCCCAAGUCUCCGAUUCGUUUGGUACAAAGAAUGGGUCGAACAGGGCGUAAGAGAGAGGGACGCAUUGUUGUGCUUAUAACAAAAGGAAAGGAAGAGCAGAUGUACAAUGCCAGUCAGUAUCAGAAGAGGACUAUUAACAUUGCUUUGGCAAACAAGGAAAAACUGAAUCAUUUUCUUUAUACUCAUUGUCCUAAAAUGAUUCCUGCAGGAAUCAGUCCUACUUGUCAAAAACUUCAUAUGAAAGUUGAUGAAUGGAAAGUCCCCACCAAGAGAGGACGAAAGAAAGCUUUGUCCUCAAACUCAACCUUAAAGUUUCCUUCACAUAGCAGCUCUACUCAUAAGGAAAAGCAUGGAUUCCUUUCGGAAGAGGAAUGGAAUUGGUAUAGGGAUAAUCUAUGGGUGCCGAGGGAAGAUUUUAAAGCUAUUCCUAAACCUUCUUUUCUGUGUCUGGAUAGUGAAGAGGAGGAUGGGAAUUUCAUUGACCUUGGACUGUACCAACCAUGGCACAACUCUUUGCAACAAGCUCAUCACAUCGGUCAUUCUUCACGCAGUAACCAUCUUGUCCAGCUUACUGAAUUUGUUAAUUUACAAGUCACAAUUGGGCCUGAUGAGGAUCCAUAUGGAUUAGAAAUGGCAGCUUUUUUAGAUAUGUCGUAUGUAAAAGAAGAUUCUUACCAUAAGCAGUUGAUGGUUCCAGAACCAAAAUUGUGUGGAAACAAAAGACGACCAAAGAUAGGUAAAAAAUCUACAGUUGAAAAUAAUAAGACUGCCAAGAAGAAUGCACUGAUUACCUCCAUGUUCCCGAAAAUAUCUCUCAGUGCUUUUAGGAAUACUCAGAAUAACUCGCAGGUGUCUAAAGGUGCCAUUAAUCAUGAAGAAUGCAUUGCCAGUGGAACAAAAAAGGUUAAUGAUGGUCAUCUUGAUGAUAGUGAAGAUGAUGAUGUCACAGUGAUAGAUGGUGACUUUGUUCAACCUAGCAUUGAGGAUAAUCCCAGAGUGGAAAAGAAUCAGUUUUCUCAAAUUUCUAAUCCAAACUCUCAAGCAAGUGACCAUUUAAUGGUGGUAAUUCCAACAGAUAAAGAUCACAUGAAAGUUGACAGUGUUAAGGAGGACAGAUUUUUACAUAGUGAUGCCAAUAAGCAAAUUGAUGACAAUGAAAGUAAUUCAUUUAGGAUAACUAAGCUUCCGUUGUGUGGGAGAAAGUCCCCUUUUCGGAUUUGUAGCCCACCCAGAACUGACUGUCUCUUAGAAUGGGAAGGAAAUGAUGAACCAGAAAGUCCUUCUGAAGUUCUCAGAGCUAUAGAUGAUUGGGUGGAAGAAAAAAACAGAAUAAACCUGGAUGACUAUUCUCUUGAUAAACCUGCCUUGAAUUGCCUUUUGGACAAAAAAGGAGUUUCAUCAGCAAUCAGAAUAAAGAAUCAAAUGUAUGAUGAUGAUGAUGAUGAUGAUGAUCUUCCUAAUCUUAACUUUUCGAUGAGAAAUGUAUUAAGUACCAGUUUAUGUAAUAAACCAAAGACUUCUUUGAACAGUGAGCCUGUUAAAAUGAUUGUUUAUGCAGAAGAUAGUGAUAUAGAAAAAAAUUUCACUGAAGAUACAGGAAAAGAAUAUUCUCCCACUAAUGAAUUAGAUAUACUUACUCCAAGGAAGAAUGACGACGAAGUGGCAACUUCAAUUGUUACAGAGGUAAGUCCUAUACUUACAUCUACAUACAGGAAGCCUCUGAGAACUAACUUGAAGAUAUGUUCAUCAACUCCAAAAGUGAAUGCCAAACGUUUAUUUAAAAUGACAACACCCGAAAUCACUGCGAUAGAAAAAAAUUCUAUGCUGCUUACAGAAGAAACACUCACCCCAAACAGAGGAGAAAUCAUCAAGGAAAGCAAUCAGACUAAUGCCAGCAUCAAUAGCUCUGCUUCUCUUGCCAAUAAAACUUCAACAUUAAGCACUGGGGAUAGAAUACACCUCAAGCUAAGUCGAUUUACUUUUGCAGGCAAGGAGUCUGACCCUAGAGUGGAGAGUAAAAGCUGUAGAGAUGCGGGAGAGGCGAACAAGAAUAAAGAACCAGAUGUAGUAAAAGAUGAAACAUGUAAAUUUGAAUUAUAUCACAUUGAUCCACCUGAUAUAGGAGUGAAUAGCGCUCAUGAGAAUAUCUCAAGUGAACCUCCAGUUGAAUCAUUUCAAAGAUCAUCACAGCGAAUGCUAUUUAAAGAAAAUACUAAAAGUUUAGGGGUAUGUGAAAAUAUUGAAAAUUCCGACAGCACAGACAUGACUCAGAAUCAUCAAAUGAAUAAAAAGAUUGAAAAGCAAAUUAGUAAGGAAAAUAACAGAUUACAAAAGCAUGCAAGUGAUUAUGAAGGUAGAAAGUUAGUUUCUGCCAGAUUGAAUGAUAGUGCAUCAAAUAUUAGUCCUUUGAAGAAUUCCACCAAAAUUGCACCUCAUGCAGAUAAGAAAGACUGUUCUUCCAGUUUUAGAGUGACACAGCAAGAGUCAAACCUUGAAGAAAAGAUAAUUCAUAGAUCUUUUUGUAAAGAUAAUCAUCCUAAUGUUAGUUCUCAAGACAAUAAGUCUCUUUUAAAAAAUACGCUUGACAAAGUGAGUUUUGAUCUUAGCCUAGAUGAAGAUAUUUUUGCUGACAUAGAAAUGAAUGAUUUUGGUGAAAAGGAACACAAUCCUAGUGCAGCUGAUAGACAUAAGGAAAGUGGUGCACCUUCUUCCAAAGAUUAUGGUGGUCCCAUUAAUACAUUCCAACCAAAAUCACAAAGACUUUUGAGUGUCACACAAAUUAUUGAUAUUGUUGAUCAAAGUGCUGAUGAAACUAGAAACAAUAAGUCAGUUAGUGAAAGUUCAUUUAGGAUGUCAAAAUUGAGUAAAAAAUCUCCUUUCCAAAGAAAACAAGGGGUAUCCUCAGUGAAACUUAAUGCUGAAAAUAAGAUUGAAGCGCUAGCGAAUGAUAUAGGUACUGUAGAUUACAAGAAAAUCACUACAUCCUCACAGAAGAAACCGUCGUUGUUGAGCCGAAGAGCCAGCUCUGAGAAGUUAGGUACCGAAGCUUGCCCUAACUUUUCCUUAAUGGAUGAAAUAGACUUUGAUGAUGAUUUUCAAACAGAGAGUCCCAACCCAUCUAUUCCUCAGUUUGAUUUAUUUGGCACUGGCGAGUUCCAGCCAGUUGUAAAUGAUUGUGAGGGGAAUGAAUCUGGUAAACAAAAUGAAUCUUUGAAAUCUGGUAAUCUAUCCAAGGAGCCCUUAUCCUCUGUUUCCAAGAAAGACCCAUCUAAGAGUAAUUUAUCAAAUUCUCUUGGUGAAUUGGGAAGUCUUACCAAAAUGUCUUCAAAAAGAACCCCCAAGAGAUCAUCAUCUGAAGAUGACAGUUUGUUGAAUUCAUCUCAUUCUAGUAAAAAAGUUAAGUUAUUGAAAAGCCCGGGUUCCUUUUGUGCAUCUCAAGAUACUGGUUAUGUAUGGAAAAGAAGAGAAAGAAAAGCAUGCAAUGUUCUGGGUUCAGAUAGUGAGGACAAUUCUUUCCAUAAAAGUAAUUCAGAAAGUAAUACUAGUUCAAAUUCAGUGCUGGAUAAAAGAAAGGUUACUACAAAUCGGGAAAAUAUAUCCUUUGAAGAAGAUGAUGAGGAGGAUUUUAGACUAGAUGCUCGUCUUCCAUAUCGACAGUCAAAACCUACAGAGGAAACAAAAACGAAGAAGUUAUUAAAGCGCAAAGAGAAAGGGUUAGAAUUUAUUGAAAAAGAAGCUCAACUCUCUUGUGAUGGCAUUGUGGUCUCCAGUGAUGAGAGUGACAAUGAAGAUGGAUAUGCUAACGAUAGCUUUGUAAAUGAUUGCACUGAACUUUCUCAGGAUCCUAAUGUAGACAUUAAAGCCUUCUAUCUAAAGUCAAUUGUGAGUCCUGUGAAAAGAGUGAGGAAUCAACAUCUGCCCAAAGUACAGUGCCUGUCGGAUACUGAUGAACACAGUGAAGAAAUUGAUGAGAGUGAAGACAGCUUUGUUGUUGGUAAUGAUGUUAUAGAAUACAAUACAGAAUAUAUGGGAGAGAGUAUGCUCGCUGAAGAUUCAAUUAUGCAAGAGGCAAUUCGUGAAAAUUUUAAGUGUAAUAAGAUUGGAGAAUCUCGGAAAUCACAGAAAAACAAGCGGAAAAGGAUAGUUGUAAAGGACUCAUCAAGUGAAGAAGAAACAGAGGAGAAAAAGAAAUUAAAAGUAUGUGAACAGAUUGACAAGGAGGGAACGGAAGUUGUGAGCGGUGGAGAAAAGCAAGGGACACCAGAUAAAAGAGUAAACAAGUGGGGUAACGUCUUACAGUCAGAUACUCAUGAACCAGGAAAUUUGAAUGAAGAAAUUACCAGUAUUAGUGAAAAGUCAGACUUUGGACUGAGUGUAUCAGAGAGGGUGAAUAUUGAUAGAACUAGUUUGGGCAUUACCCCUAGGAAAAGUCUUGCAAAACGUUUAACAGAGAAAAAGGUUGGUGUGUCUUGUAGCAGUUAUGAUCAGAGUAAAUUGAGUAAAUCUUUGAAAAAGAGUCAUGAGAAAGAUGAUGAUUUAAUUCUUCAUAGCUCAGAAGAUUUUGAUACACCUAUUACUAGUGAUAUACCUGUUAAAAAAUGUUUUGUAAAUCUGCCUAGACUUUCAAGUAUAACAGCAAAGACCCCUAUUGGUAAAAGUGGACCACAGAAUACAAAAUCACUUUUGUCUCGUACUUCCUCAUCAAAUAUUGUGCCUUCUACAAGUUCUCAAGAGACCAUUUUCACCACCACAUCAUCGAAUGAAAAUGCAAAAAUACAUAGUCAGAUUCCUGGACUGGUGCUUGUUGAUUCCCAUGAAGUGAAUGGUGGAGGACAGAUUGUUUCCAGGUUGAAGUUGCAUCAUGGGCUGAAUACUGCAGUUGUUCAGCUUGGGUGCGGGCAGUACGCAGUUUCUACUCGUAUGAUCAUAUCAAGACUGCAACUGUCUGUAUUUACCAACAGCCAAAACAGAGACUCAUUAAAAAAGCGUGUACAAGGGAUGCUGGCAGUGUUUGAAAGGUCCGUCAUAAUUGUGGAACUUGAUAAACAAAGACAUGGGGAUUCCUCUUACAAUUUAACUCAUGUCCGCUCCAAGUACAUGGACACAAUUACGUGUGCCUGUGCUCAAGUAAACCAGUUGAAAGUUUUGUAUUCCAGUGGCCAGGAAGAAACAUCUCAGUUAAUUUGGCAGUUGGUAGAACAAGAAAAGAAAAAGGGUUUUAACAUUCCAGUUUUGCCAGCAGAGAUCCAGCGGUGGCAGCAGGUUGUCAACUUCUUCCGAUCCCUACCUCGAAUAAGUUUUGCGACUGCGUUGUGCCUAGCUCGCAACUUCAGAACUCUUCAUGAAUUUUUUAACAGUACCCCUGAAGUUAUUGCGAAGAAAGGCUGCAUGUCACAUCAGCGAGCAGCUGAUGUCCACCAACUCAUCUCCAGAAGAUUCAGGGCAGAUAUGCUCUCAUAAUAUAGUUUAUAUAUUUUAAACUAAUAGUUAUAAAUACCCAGUACAAAAAUGGACUAUUUUUUUAUUUUUAUAUUAAAAAUUUUACCGUGAAACAUAAGAAUUGUGACUUUUUUUUUUUUAAUCAUAUCACUGUAUUUUGUUUGUACAGAAUUAUGAUUCUUUACAUUUGCAUAAAAAUCAGUUGUUUACUGUAAUGCACAUAUUAUAUAUUGAUUAUGACAAAAUGCAUACUUUGAAGUUAUUUAAUAAGUAUAUUUCAUUAUUUUACAUGA